AAUGUAGCGUCAUCCUUUCUGAUGUAGAGCUACACGGCGGCCUUUCAUUGCUGCUCUGUUUCUUGCUAACAUACCGCUCUCGCCCCAGUAUUUCAGCUUUUAUUUCCAGUCAGCUAUGACACGAAGGUCGCCGCUUCUCACCGUGUGCCUGCUGCUUGUGGCUGCCCUCAGCUUGGAGGUUUCAGCCGACGGUUUAGUGAACGAAGAUGUAAAGAGGACAUUAGACCUGAGCACUCAUUUGGCCAAGAUCACAACGGAGAUCGUGUUGUCCAACCAGGGACAGUCCUCUGUCCAUAGUUUCAUAUUAGCGGUGGAAGCUGACCUGGCACCGCACCUGGCUUAUAUCGGAGCUUCGGUGAAGGGUGAUGAAGAGGAGGAUGGCACACUUGAGCUCCAGCAGACAACCAUUAAGGGUCAAAGCGGGGAGUUUUACAAAGUGCAGCUGGCCUCCAGUCUGCCUCCAGGUGCUCAGCUGAAAGCGAAGGUGGAUAUGACAUUUAGCCACGUCCUGAAGCCUUUCCCCACGCACAUCACCCAGGCUGAGCGUCAGCUGGUGGUUUUCCAGGGAAACCACUAUUGGUACUCCCCGUAUCCCACCCGCAGCCAGACCACACGUGUCCGCCUGGCCUCCAAGACUGUGGAGAGCUACACCAAGCUGGGCAACCCCAGCAAGACUGAUGAGAUUAUUGAGUAUGGACCUUUCCGAGACAUAUCUCCUUUCAGCGAGGAUACAAUGAAGAUCCAUUAUGAAAACAACACCCCCUUCCUCACUAUAACCAGCAUCACUCGCACCAUUGAGGUGUCCCACUGGGGAAACAUUGCUGUUGAAGAAACUGUUGACCUGAGGCACACAGGAGCUGUUCUGAAGGGACCCUUCUCUCGUUAUGAUUACCAGCGUCAGUCAGACAGUGGCAUCUCAUCUGUCAAGUCCUUCAAGACCAUCCUUCCUGCCUCAGCUCAAGACGUUUAUUACAGGGAUGAGAUCGGCAACAUCUCCACCUCCCACCUGCAGGUUCUGGAUGACUCCGUGGAGGUGGAAGUCAGACCACGUUUCCCCUUGUUCGGAGGCUGGAAAACCCACUACAUCAUCGGCUACAAUCUGCCAAGCUAUGAAUACCUGUACACUCUGGGUGACCAGUAUGCACUGAAAAUGAGAUUAGUUGACCACGUGUAUGAUGACCAGGUUAUUGACGACAUGACUAUGAAAAUCAUUCUGCCAGAAGGAGCCAAAAACAUCCAUGUGGAUACACCUUACAAAAUUGAUCGCAGGCCAAACCAGUUGCACUACACCUACCUGGACACAUUUGGCCGACCAGUGUUGGUGGCUACAAAAAGCAACCUGGUGGAGCAACACAUUCAGGAUUUUGUGGUUCAUUAUACCUUUAAUAAGAUCCUGAUGCUGCAGGAGCCUCUCUUGGUUGUUGGAGCCUUCUACAUCCUCUUCUUCACUGUGAUCAUCUACGUACGUCUGGACUUCGCCAUCACAAAGGAUCCUGCAGCCGAGGUGAGGAUGAAGGUGGCCUCCAUCACUGAGCAGGUGCUCACUCUGGUUAACAGGCGUCUGGGUCUGUACCGACACAUGGACGAGGUGGUCAACCGCUACAAACAGUCCCGCGACAUGGGAGCGCUCAACAGCGGUCGAAAGACUCUGGAGGCCGACCACCGCCAGCUCACCAACGAGAUCACCUCGCUGCAGGCCCGCCUCAAGACCGAGGGCUCUGACCUGGCUGAGAAGGUUGUAGAGGUGCAGAAGCUGGACAGCCAGCUGAAGGAGCUGGUGUGUCGCUCCUGCUCGGAGGCGGAGCGUCUGGUGGCGGGUAAAGUCAAGAAGGAGUCUUACAUCGAGAGCGAGAAGAACCUGACGAGCAAGAGACAGGAGCUCAUCAGCCGCAUCGACAGCCUUCUGGAUGCCCUCUAAACUUCAGAAACACACAGGCGCCCCUCCUUCAACAUACACCAACAGUCGAAUAAAAUGUGACACGGUUUACACGUUUUCUUUUCUUACCACCUUUGCAUCCAGACAUGAACUGUUAACAUCUCAUCUUAGGUUAGUGAUGGGUUUAUCUGGACACGUGCCUUUGUGCCUGCUGAUAAACUGUGGUCACUGCGUGCUCGGCUCCAAAGCAGCCACAUCACAGCUUGUUGCUUUUUUAGUUUCUGCUUUUGUUUGAGCUAGCUUUGCUGCACCGGGCUCAGAUUUGUUGCUUUGUUUUUUGUUCAGAUCUGGAUUUUAUUUUUUACCAUUAGGAAUGUGUGGUUAGGGUUCUGAUUUGGAAAUGAAUAGUUGAAGGGCCAAAGUGUUCCCAGUCUCAUGUCUUUCCUCAUACUGUAUUCUAAAACAAAACAUUUCUGACUUUAAGUGUGAAAAAGAUGGUAUUUUCUAAUCUUUUCUCCUUUUGUUGACUUUUUUAAUUCCACUUGCCCUGGACUGUCCUACAUUUGAGGCUCUGAUUUUGUCAUUUUCAGCUUUUGUUUUAGAUGGACUGUCAUGUUUUCAACAUUUUGUAUAAUUUUCUUUGUUUUGGGAUUGUGAGAUUAAAAAAAUAAGAGAUUAGACUGUAUGAGAGAAAAGGCAUGAAUGAUGCAAAACAGAUAUUUGUCAAAUAAGACAAUGAUGUGGAUUACUGUCAAAUUUGGAAUAAAGUUUUGAGAAACUCC